UUUUUAUUUUUUCUUUAUUUUCUAGACUUUUUUUUCUUAUUUCUCGCAUGCAGGAUUUUUUCUAAAAAUUUUUCCCCCAAAAUUCCGCGCGGGAUCCCGUCCCGCACCGACUUCUAUUAUUUUCCCUACUUUUCGAUUUUUUGGAGACAUUUUGCUUUAAUUUUAAUUUUUAUAUUUUUCAGUAUGAAGCGUACAUAUUUACUUCGUAGACCUAAAGACGAUGACGAAGAAGAAGAUUUUUAUUCACAAGAAGCAGUCAAAGCCAAACCAAUAGACCCCCAUUUAGCCCGAAAUUUAGGCCCUACCUUUGCUGCUGGGAAAGAUUUUGUUCGGGCUAGUCAAAAAUCUCAAAAUGAAUUUUAUGGCAAUCAAAAAGUUAUGGAGGCGAGUACUUCUGGAGGAGGAACUGAGAAGGAAUAUAGACAAAUGACUCACGAUGAAAGAAAUAAUUUGAGUGCAAGUAUUAUUAAAGCUGAAUUGAAGGGAGACAAGGAAAAAGUAGUAAAAUUAAAAAGAAGACUUGAAGAAGGAAUUAUUGAAAUUAAAUCAAAAAAAGGUGAAGCUGGACAAGAAAAGAAUGGUGAGAAGAAACCUGUGAUAUUAAUGGAAAUGGACAGAAAGAGUGGAUUGACUAAACCUGCAGUUGCUUCAAAUAAGUCAAAUAAAACGGCAGACAAUUCUAACAACAAUAAACAACAAAUAAUGGGUGUACUUGAAGAAGAAUAUUCAAAACAAUCAAGUUUGGACGAUAUGCUUGCUGAAGAGAAGCGAACGACUGCUGAGGAUCAGCUUUCAAUGUUUAACCAGGCUGCUGAGAUAUUUUCACAAAACCGUCAAGACGAGGAAGGAUUUUUUGAUGACACUUUGGAUAGUCGGAAGAAACGAAAAACUGAUAAAGCUGAUUCUCAACAACGCCAAACAAUGAUAAAAGGUUGGGAAAAUUUUUUAUAUAUUUUUAAAAAUUCUAAAAAAAAUUUUUGUGUGGGUUUAUGUCGGGGACUAUGCAAAAGAACAUAA